AUGACCCGCGAAGACCAUUCGGACGUCUCCAACCAGCUGUACGCUUGUUAUGCCAUCGGAAAAGACGUCCAAGCCAUGAAGGCCGUCGUCGGAGAGGAGAGCCCUGUCAUCCGACGAUCUUCUCUACCUCGAGUUCUUGGGCCAAAUUCAGGGAAAGAACUUCAUCGCCCAGGCAAUUACGAGAACCGAACAGUGUUCGAAUCGCUGGACAUUGGCUGGCAACUGCUCCGUAUCUUCCCCCGAGAGAUGUUGAAACGUAUCCCGGCCUAG